CGCUCUCCUCUAAUUUGCUUUGUUUUGGUCGGUUUCCUAGCAGAUGCCCAUUCAAUAAUUUGCUUUGCUUUUUGACUUCAAAGUUGACGAUGCUCUCUACGCCAUGCUGUUGUAUUUUUUCAGCGAAAUUUCACCCCGGUUUCCUAGCAGUUGCCCAUACAAUAUGUGCUUUUUGACCAAUGCUUUGCUUUGGUCGCGCGCGCUCUCUCUCUCUCUCUCUCGCACUCCCCUAAUUUGCUUUGCUUUAGUCGGUUUCCUAGAAGGUGCCCAUUCAAUAAUUUGCUUUGCUUUUUAACUUCAGAGUCGAUGAUGCUCUCUAGUCUCUACCCGAUCUUUCUGAUGAUAAAUCAAAGAGGUAGACUUUGAUUGAUCUCUAGUUUUCUCCAACACAUCCAUUCUUCUCUAAUCCCUCUGUUCAAUGACUACUACUACAAGAGCCAAAGAGCCCGCCUCCUCCUCUUCCUCCUCCUCCCCUUCCGCUUCUCGGAGCAGCGGCAUCUAUCACGUGUUCUUGAGCUUCAGAGGCGAGGACACUCGCUAUACCUUCGUCGACCAUCUCUACACCGCUCUUACGGGAGCCGGAUUUCGCCCCUUCAGGGACAAUGAUGAAAUCCGAAGGGGAGAAAGGAUCAAGCUUGAGCUGUCGAGGGCAAUCGAAGAGUCGAGGCUUUCAAUUGUUGUCUUGUCCAGAAACUACGCGUCUUCGAGCUGGUGCCUCGAUGAGCUUGCGAUGAUCCUCGGACGCAGGGGGGACUCUGGCCACGUGGUUCUGCCGGUGUUCUACGGCGUGGAUCCGUCGGAUGUCAGGAAACAAAAGGGAGUUUAUGCAGAGGCAUUUGCGAGCCAUGAAAAGCGAUUCAAGUUCAAGUUGGGAGCGGGUAAAGCAGCAAAGGAGUGGAAGGAGAAAUUGAAGGGGUGGAGGGAAGCGCUGGAGGAAGUUGCUGGUUUAGCAGGAAUAACUUUACCAGAUGGAGGUGAUAGGUACGAGGCAAAGCUUAUCCAAAAAAUUGUCAAGGUGGUUGAAGACAAGCUAAGCCGGCCAAGUGUCUUGAAUGUUGCCAAUCACCCCAUUGGACUAGAUUCCCGUGCCAAAAGCAUUAAUUUGUGGUUACAAGAUGGGGGGGUUGAUGUUGGAAUUAUUGCCAUUUGUGGGAUGGGUGGAAGUGGCAAGACAACCAUUGCUAAAUUUGUGUACAACUCAAACUUCUCAAAAUUUGAAGGUAGCAGCUUCGUAGGAGAUAUAAGAGAAAAUUUUGGACUACAAAACGGUUUAAUUCAUUUACAAAGGCAAAUUUUGAAAGAUAUUUUGAAUGGAAGAGAGGAAGAAAUACGCCAUGUUGAUGAAGGCAUUGUUAAGAUUAAAGAAGCUAUUGGUUCUAAAAGAGUUCUUAUAGUUCUUGACGAUGUGGAUAAACGGGAACAAUUAGAUGUAGUCCUUGGAAUGAAGGAUUGGCAUUCACCAGGUAGUAAAUUGAUCAUAACUACUAGAAAUGAGGGCUUACCAAGAGCUCAUAAGUGUUGGAAAGUACACAAGGUAGAGAAGUUGGAUCAGGGCGAAUCCCUACAACUUUUUAGUUGGUAUGCCUUUGGACAAAGCCAUCCUAUUGAUGGUUAUUUGAUAGACUCAAAAAGGGUAGUAGAUUAUUGUAGCGGGCUUCCAUUAGCUAUUAAAAUUUUGGGUUCUUCCCUAUCUGGUAGAAGUUUAGAUGUGUGGAAAAGUCAACUACAAAAAUUGAAGGCAAUUCCAGACGAUGAAAUCCUUGAGAAACUCAAACUAAGUUAUGACUCUUUACAAGAUUACCACGACAAAGAUUUAUUCCUUGAUAUUGCUUGCUUCUUUGUUGGAGGGGACAAAGACACUACAACUACAAUCCUAGAUGGAUGUAAUUAUUUCACAUCGGUUGGGAUUCAAAAUCUUAUUGACAGAAAUAUGUUAACCAUUGAAGGUAACAAGCUAUUGAUGCAUCAAUUGAUUCAGGACAUGGGAAGGGAAAUUGUCCGGCAAGAAUCACCCAUAGAGUUAGGAGAACGCACCAGGCUCUGGAAUCACGAGGAUUCCUUUCGUGUCUUGAAGGAAAAAAUUGGCUCAAGAAAAAUCAAAGGCCUCGUUCUUGACAUGCGUUCAAAUGUACCUUUUGAAGGUGAUGCAUUUUCAGGGAUGUCCAAUCUUCAACUUCUACAGAUUAGUCAUGUAAAAUUAUUUGGAAACUACAAAAAUUUCCCCAAAGGAUUGAGGUGGUUGCAUUGGUCUCAUUUCCCUUUACAAAGGAUACCCAAGGGUUUUUCUUUGGACAUGCUGGUUGCUCUUGAAAUGCCUUAUAGUUGCUUGAAAAAGGUUUUGAAUGGAACCAAGUGCCUCAGAUUACUGAAAAUUCUUAAUCUAAGUCAUUCCCGUUAUCUUUUUGAGACUCCUGAUUUGUCAAGGUUGCCGAAUCUUGAGAGGCUUAUACUUGAAAAUUGUACUAGUUUGAUUAUGAUUAAUGAAUCGAUUGGAUGCCUAGAAAGACUUGUUUUCUUAAACUUGAGAGAUUGUCAAAACUUGAGGGAGCUUCCACAAACCCUUUAUAAGCUAAAAUCUCUGGAAACACUUGACCUUAGCGGUUGCUUUAAUCUUGGAAAUUUUUCAGCAGAGCUGGGUAAUAUGAAUUCUUUGGCAGUGCUUCUACCAGAUGGAACUGCAAUAAAUCUAUUACUCUCUAUCACUCGGAAGGUGAAAGCAUGGCUUUGGCCACUAAAUCCAAGAAGUCGGCCAGAAUUUUCCUGGGUUUUUUUUCCAAAGUCUUUGGUACGUUUAAGUUUUGCAGGUUGCAAUCUGUAUGAUGACAGUUUCCCUAGGGAAUUUAGCGACCUAUCCUCAUUGCAGAUAUUGGAUUUGAGCGGGAAUCCAAUUUGUAGCCUCCCAAAUUGCAUUAAGCAUCUUUUUGGGCUCAAAAUGCUAUUGUUAAAAUCAUGCCCAAGGCUUUUGACACUUGACGGGCUGCAGCAAAGUUUAGAAGAAUUGCAGACUGACGACAGUGAAUUGUUGGAAAAAAUAAGCUUUGCCUCAGUAGAUUUAACUAUAAAAUCCUUAGGUUAUUAUUCUUGCACGCGUCUGGUUGAGAUUUUCGGCUUAUUCAAAUUAGAACCCUUAGAAUGUGUUGAUGCGGAGCUCAUUAACAAUUUGGGCUUAUGUGACUUGGAAGGCAUGGAAAAAUCACUUAUGGAGUUUUUAUCAAUCAAUGCAUCACGUACAACCCGGAUGUCUCCUCCCCUAGGAUUACACGAGUCAUAUACAUUUUGCACUUAUGUGCUUGGAAGCAAGAUACCUAACAGAUUCAGUCUUAAGAACGUAGGAUCCUCAAUAUCUUUUACCAUGCCUUCCGAUGCUAAUUUCAGAACUCAAGGUUUGUCUGUAUGUUCUGUUUAUGCACUUCCCAACCCUAGAACUUCCAAUGCUUUAUCUGAUUAUGAUGGGACGGGAAGCUGGUACUUACACACAAUUAUCAGUAAUGCAACCAAGCAUUUGAAAUGGAGCUAUUGCCCAGAAGUUCAUGGCAUUCCAAGAGCUGGUGAGGACUUGAUGUGGUUAAGUUAUUGGAAGUUUGAGGAUCAGUUGGAAGGUGGCGAUGAAGUGAAUAUUUCAGUUACAAGUGGUCAUUAUCAAGUGAAGGAGGUUGGGAUUCACUUUGUGUACAAGGAGGCAGAAGAAAAGAAGAGCACUCAAUCUCUUAGUUUAGAAGUUGCCCAACAAAUUCAUCCCUAUGGAAAUGUCGUUCCUGGUUUUUGUAAUGGGGAUUGUGAGCACUGCGAGAAUUUUCCAGUGCCUGCAGAUCCAGCAAGCACUAGAGUCAUUGUUCUUGGCACCCAUCCUGCUGAUUGCACAGGUUGUCCUUACGGUUAUUUGGAAUAUCACUAUGGGUGGGGUAAAGAUCUCUAUUUUUAAGGUGCCAGUUGUGGAAUGAAGGCAUUACGGUAAAAAAAAUGUUUAGAGCUUGUUGAUUGUGAUGCCCCCCUAAAUAAAUCAAGAGUUUUUUUUUUUUUUUUGUGCUAUUUCAUGUCCAUUUGGUUUAAGAUGAAACUACCAUUGAUGGAAUUAUUCUAUCCAACCAAAUAAUGAGAAGUUGAAUUUUGAGAGGAAGGAUGGGAUCAAGUGGGCCUCACUUGCAUGCUGCUGCUUGUGUAUAAUAAAGUUCUCUGUUUCUCUUUU